AUGACCCCCGGCCAGCCAUACACAGCGUCUACGCUGUACCCAAGCCCAUCCGAAGCAUCACUAAAGCUACAGUUCCUGGGAAAGCAAAUCAAAGAUGUGCAGGCACCAGCAGCAAUCAUUGACGCAGCGGUGGUCAGGAGGAACUGCAAACUGAUGCUCGACACGGCUGAGAAGCUUGGGUGUACUUUCCGCGCCCACGUGAAAACUCACAAGACCAAGGAGUUGUCCGAAUUGCAAGUGGGAAAGGACUCAAAGUCUGUUAGAUUGGUUGCUUCGACACUCUCCGAGAUCGAACACCUAGCACCCUGGUUGUACGAAUGCAAGUCACGAGGCAAGGAGGUCAGUGUCUUUUAUGGGCUGCCUUUGUCAUUAUCUGCGGUAUCACGCCUGGCUGCGAUAGCGAGGGUGCUCGGGGAAGGGACGGUCGGUAUCUUCGCAGACCAUCCGACUCACGUCAAAGUUCUGGAUCAAGUGGACGAAAAGACAUGGCCCGGCAAGAUUCCAGUGUUCUUCAAUGUCGACGUUGGAUAUCACAGAGAAGGCGUUGCACCAGACUCAAAGCAGCUUGCAGAUGUAGCGUAUGCCAUGAAGGCAUCAAAACGCGCGACUCUCGCAGGCGUUUACACGCACUUUGGAUCCAGCUAUGGAGUGUCCAGCCCAGAAGAGGCACUAAAGGCCAUGGCCGGCGAGCUGCAGGGGUUGGAGCAAGGCGCGAUUGAAUUCCUGAAAUGUACUGGCGCAGACAUCAGCAGCGACCCGAAUGCUCCCAAGGUUGUCCUUUCUCUAGGAGCAUCACCCACGGCGACAGCAAUCCAGAACCUCUUGGAAGGCGGCGACGAGUUCAAGCAGUACCGUGCGGUGAUUGAAAAUUGCCAGAAGUCUUUCGAGGUCGAGUUUCAUGCAGGCGUCUACCCGGUGAUGGACAUGCAGCAACUCGCCACGAGAGCGCGACCACAACAUGCGGUUGCAAACCCACAGCAGAGUCUCCUCUCUUUCCAGGAUCUCGGCAUGCGGAUUCUCACAGAAGUUGCCAGCGUGUACCCAGAGCGCGAGGAGGUUCUCGUAGCCUCUGGGGGAAUCGUUUUCGGUCGCGAGCCAUGCAAGAGCUAUCCUGGCUGGGGAGUCGUUACGCCUUGGCCAGCGUCAGAAGGGCAGGUAUACGAUCCUGAAACGUCCAAGACUGGCUGGAUAAUAGCGCGGAUUGCCCAGGAACACGGUAACCUGACGUGGGAGGGUCCAAAAGACAACUAUCGCGAGCUGCAAGUUGGCGACAAACUUCUUGUGUGGCCGAAUCACGCAUGUAUAGCCAGCGCGAACUUUGGCUGGUAUCUGGUGGUGGAUUCGGACAAACCUGACCCUGAACGCAUCGACGAUGUCUGGGUACGAUGGCGAGGUUGGUGA